CAAAACAACGACCGAAGAUGAUAGAGAAUCAAUGACUCGCUCUGAGACCAUAUCAACUAGUCUGCUUGAUAGCGUAUACACCAGCAUAACACGUAAGUCGAAGGGAUUCAUUGCUGAUGGAGUAGAAUUUGAAAAACACAGCUGGGUCGACGUACCUUAUCCAUUUGAUAUUAAUGUCUUCUGCAAACACCUUCUUCUGAGUUUCUAUUCUGACGAUUUUGGAGCCGAGGAUAUCACAGCAUUGGGAGACCGAGGUAUAAAUGAACAGUGCCGUAGGUUUCUAUGUGAAUACAGCUGCCUUGUUGUUAUUAAUUGCCUGAGAUACCCGGCAGAAUGGCAAGAGAUAAAAACGAUCUUAUGUUUGGAGCCUACUAAGAGUUGUGUCCUUGUCGUUGUACAUCCUACUGCAAGAUAUGCAAAUCAACUGGCCAGAUAUUGUGUAGAUCACGAGGAAGAGCGUGUGAUCAACUUCCAAGAUUUGGAAUCCGACAUGGUGCUCCAUCACUUGAUAAAGGGUUGCGAAUACUAUGGAAUCGGAGUCAAGGAGGCUUGGGGUCGCCUUUUCUCCAAUAGAAUAGAAGAGGCAUGUAACUGGACCAAAAAAUUUGGACAUGUGGUGCGUAAGGAUCAAGCAAAUGGGCUUGUUGAUCUUUUAAAGGAUCCUGGUGUGAUAUCCGUAUGUGGGACUGCUGGAGCUGGAAAAUUGCCUCUCGUCAGAAGAAUUUUCUACCACCAACUUCUAAUCACGUGCCAAGAUGAGAACAUAAUGACUGAGAAUUAUCGUAAAGAGUUUUGUGACUUGGGAUUUACAUUGUUCAGCUGGGUCGAUGUACCACAUCCCUUUAGUCUUAAAGACUUUGGUUGGCGUUUGGUUUUGGGUUUUUCUUCAAAUGACCUCAAAGAGAAGGAAACUAUGGCAGUACUAAUGAUGGAAGGCCAACUUGACUCAAUUCAAGACUUCUGUCGAGAAUUCAUGCAUAAACAAAGAUGUUUCGUUGUUAUCAACGGUCUGCGUUCUAUGCAUGAUUGGAACUUGAUAAGUGAUGCCUUCAUAUCGUCAGAGCAUAGUAAAUGUUGUACCGUUGUCAUUACAAAUGAAGCAAGUGUUGCCAGGCAUUGUGCAGAUAAAAACAGUCGAAUCUUAAAUAUCAAAGGUGUUGAAGCUGAAACAAGACUGCGUCCCUUGAUAAAGGAUUGUGGAUACUAUGGCAAUGAAUGCGGGGAGACUUCUCGCUUUUUUUCCAACCGAAGGGAAGAGACACGUCACUGGGCCAACACAUUUGAACCCCUUGUUGGCCGUCAGCGUAUAGUGACUUAUCAGCUUGCAGCCGACUGUUUAGAAAAAACUGAUGUUGGUGUUGGAAAAUCUGCUCUCGUCAGAUGUGUCUACAGCAAGGCCAUGCUCGACAGUGAAGGGAGAUUUACAUCCUUUGGUUGGGUCAAUGUGCCACAUCCAUUCGAUCUAAUAGACUUCUGUUGGCACUUACUUGCGGACAUUCAUUCAGAUGAUCAUCAGGCAAAAGAAACCGCAGUAGUUGCUAUCAUUGACGGGGCCCAAGAUCCAAUUCAAGAGUGCCGCAAGUUUCUACAUACAGAAUCCUUCGUUGUUAUUGAUGGUCUGCACUCUACACAUGACUGGGACGUGAUAAGAGAAGCCCUCUUACCUGAGACUACCAAAGGCUGCAUUAUUGUCAUUUCGAAUGAAAUAAAUGUGGCCACACACUGUGUGCCAGGAGAAGGUCGGGUCAUCAACGUUAAAAACCUAGAACCCGAUGCGGCGCUUCACCUAUUGUCAAAGGUAGCUUGGGGCGGCAAUGAACUGAGUCCUAGGGAGAUUCAGGUUUCCAAUAUUGCCAUGUCUAAGUGUGGCAGACUUCCUAAAGUGAUACUUGCUAUAGGAGAAGAGUGUCGCACAUGCCGAAAGAAUGUAGAUUUUCUGGAAUACAUCAAUGAUGACUUCAUGGGAAUUUUGGAGACCAGGCCAGAAUUCUCUGGUUUAAAGAGUAUAUUUAGUUGGAUGCAGUCCUACUUUGAUGCGUGCUCAGAUGCACUGAAGCCAUGUAUCUUUUAUCUCUCAGUCUUCCAUGCGGACUACAAUAUCAGACGUAGGCGAUUGUUGAGGCGGUGGAUAGCUGAGGGCGGAAAGUUUCAGCCUAGGCCGAGCUCCACAUGACCCACUAUCCAUACCAUCGGCUCACGUCGUGAUAUGUGCUACACAAGCUGUCCUUCUGACAUGGGCAGAGUAAUUAGCAGGAGCUGUCUGUGCAAGCUGUGGGGAAGCUGCAGGCCACUGUUCUGUUUUUUAAUCGCUGGCAAACUGUAACGCAUGGGCCAAACCACUGUACACAUUUUCUCACCGCCUGCACACCUCUGACCAAUCUAGAGAAGAGUGUGCAGAGAGUGCUCCUUUUUUCCUAGAGAGAGAUGUUGUCAGAUAUGAGAUUCAAAGGGAGCGAGGUAUUGUUUGUGAGAGAGAAUAGGAAGAGAGAGAGAGGAGCUACGUGACUGUGUGAGAGAGGAAAAAAGAAGAGAGAGGACGUGAGGAGAGUGGAAAGCUGCAUGCAUGUGGGACAUAGUAGGGUGAAGGAAGAGAGAUGCGCAUGCAUGCAGUAGACCAACCUAUCAUAAAAAUUAUACUACAGUACUCACCUAGGAGAUAGGCCCUUUUUUUACACAGCGCAGCGUCUGGCCUGGGUGAGGGCGUCGCACUGUUCCUGCGCUGUUAACUACUGACAAGGCCUGUUUACAUGGCACAUAUCUCUAUGCAAAGUAUUGUAGAAUGAACGGAAGGGAUAGUAGGUCCUGUGUAGCUCGAGCUACAAAAAACUGCUCUCGAGCUGAGGGUUACUCCAGAGAGAAGUUUGGUACUAGCAUGGAGGGUAACAGAAAAUUUAGUUUGCGCUCAGGGGGUUACUCUAGUGAUAAAUAUCUUAUCAACCGUCAGGGCUACUCCAGGGAAAAUUUUGGUAUAAGUGCAGAGGGUUACUACAAGGAUAGGUUUGGCAUUAGUGCAGAUGAGGAUGGGGAAAUGUUGUUCUCUGAACUGAUCAAGUUGAGCAUAAUCCAGUAUCCACCAAACACGAAUGCAUCAAAUAGCAAGGUGAAAGACAUGUUCCAAGUUAACGGUUUCUUCCAUGGAUAUAUCAUGUCACGGAGAAUGGAUCAUAACCUUGUGUUUGCACUGGAGGGCCGUUGCAGCCCCAGCUUGCAAUGUGCUGGACAACACCUCACCAUUAGCACCACUUGGGACAGAGACGAGAGUGUAUUCAAGAGCAUGGACCUAUCACGACUACGUUCUUUCACAGUAUUUGGGAAGUGGAGGUCAUUCUUCGUCUCUAAGGGUAUCAAUAUGGCACUUCUUAGGGUGCUGGAUCUGGAGGAUACAUCAAGUGUAUCAGAUGGUGACCUCGAGAAGAUAGUGAAGCUACUGCCUUGUCUCAAGUUUCUAUCCUUGCGGGGAUGCGAAGAUAUCACUUGUCUGCCAGAUUCAGUGGGUGGACUGAGGCAGUUGCAAACUCUGAAUGUCAGACACACAUGUAUAGUAGAGUUACCAGCCUCCAUCAGCAAGCUACAAAAUCUACAAUAUAUUCGUGCAGGCACCACUUAUGAAUCAUUGGGUCAAGGCCAUGAUGUGCAACAGGAAGCAUCAGAGCAUGAUGGUACAAGCACCAGCCAAACAUCAGUAGUGGUUGCAGCAGCAGCAGCAACAACAACAACAACUACUACUACUACUACAACAACAACAUCAGUGGACCCUCAUGGCGCGAACAUAAGUCAACCAUCAGAAACACCACAAACUGACAUUGAUGAUGAAGAUGGGACAUUAACUAAAUCAGUAGCGGCAGGCCAUGCUAGCACAAGCAUGAUCCGCAGAGCAGUGGCGGUAGCAGCAACAAGCAAGUCGAGCACAAGUCAACUAUCAGAAACAUUGCCACCAGCUGACAUUGACAAUGAAUACGGGGGAUUAACUAAAGCAGCAGAAGCAGACAAUGAUGGCACAAGGACAGUCCAAACAGCAGGAGCAGUAGCAGUAGCAGCAACAGCAACAACAACACCGGUAGACCGUCAUGGCGUGAGCACAAGUCAACCAUCAGAAACACCAGCACCAGCUGCUAUUGACGGUGAUGAUGGGGCAUCACCUAUACUAGCGCUACUGAGAAGGAGGGCACACGAUCUGGAUAACUGGUUUUCCAAUAAGAAGAAGUUGCGCAGACGCCAACGACUUAAUGAUAAUGGUGGUGGUGUUAAGGUUCAGGCUCACGGGAUUGGGAAUAUGGCGGCCUUGCGUACACUCGGUGUCGUGAAUGUGAGUGGUGCAGGUGGGAAGGCCAUCCUCAAGGAGGUAAAUAAGCUUACCCAGUUGCGCAAGCUCGGCGUGUCUGGUAUCAACCGCAAAAACUGGCACGACUUGUACUCUGCCAUUUCAGGACAUGGUCAUCUCGAGUCAUUGUCAGUAUAUUUUGACAAGGGGGAACCUGCAACAAGUUUUUUUUCUCGUUCGAGUGACAUGUUCUCCGGCCUACCCAAGAGUCUGAAGAGCCUUAAGCUGUAUUCGACGGGUGGGGAAGUACAAGUACCGCCGGUCUUGGUGAAGCAUCUUUACUGUCUCAGAAAGUCUCGUUUUGACCUCAUAGUGUCGACGCAAGAAGAUAUAUACAGCAUUACGGAAUUUCCUCAUCGACGUGCAUUUCGUAAUAUUUAUGUCAAGCCGGUUCAAGAUGGCCAGCUCCAUUAUGGUCAGCGGGAUGAGACGUUGUAUUGUGAUGGUUUCACUGACGCCCCAAUCCUCAAGAUUGACUGUGGCAGCUACAAGCUGGCGAUAUGUUUUGGAUAUUGGAUACCAGAAUACAUUGAGGUGCUGGUGGUUGACUGCUCUACUGCUGAGGCUUCUUUGGAGGUGUCUGGAUUAAAGGAAUUAUCUAGACUCAAGGAGGUGUGGCUCAAGGGUUCCUACAGCGAGGCAAUCAAGCAACAUUUGCAGCAGAAACUUGAUGAGCUACACAGCUCACGCUUGGAGGAGGCAGUUAAGUACGGCAGGGAGUCCAGGUACACAAGAGCUGUCCUGAGGCUGGAGGACCAAGCACAUCCGUCCUGAUUCAUUUCCAUUUCUUCUUCUCUUUAUUCUCUAGUUAUGUGCAUCCAAUGUAAUAGGCACCCAACAAUC